UCCGAUUGAACGGCCCUAAUUCAUGAACCUAAUCAACCCGACCCGACCCAUGAGCUAAUCCAAAUUUAAACCCACAACCACAUCAGUGAAUUCGACCCGUCAAAUUUCUUAAGACCAGCCGCCGGCACGCUCGUCGGAAUCAUCUUUGGUGAGAGUUCAGAAUCACAGAAUUUCGCUCGCUAGCGAGUUCUAUGAAGCGAUCUAAGGAUCCUUUUGAGGCUACUUUUGAGGAGCAGGAUGACUCACCCCCUGAAUCCCCUGCUGGCACCGAUGAGAAUGAAGGCCAAGAUCAAGGUGCAGUUGGUGUUAAUAUGAAUGAAGGUGACGAUGUUAAUACUGAUUCUCGUGAAAAACCUUCAACAUCUAAAGCUACAUCAGUUUCUGUUAGUACUGCUGGUCCAAUUAGCAAGCCCAAAGAGGAAGAUGAGGAGGAAGAGGAAGAAAGCAUGGAUGUGCAGUUAGGAAAACUCUCAUCAAGUAGUGAUCCUGACAAACUGGCGAAGAUGCAGUCCAUCUUAUCCCAAUUUACAGAGGAGCAAAUGAGUAGAUAUGAAUCUUUUAGGAGAUCUGGAUUUCAGAAAUCCAACAUGAAGAGGUUGCUGUCCAACAUCACAGGAAGUGCCAAGAUAUCUAUUCCUAUGACAAUUGUGGUGUCUGGGAUAGCAAAAAUGUUUGUCGGUGAGCUUAUUGAAACAGCUAAAAUGGUGAUGGCAGAGAGAAAAGAUACAGGGCCAAUCAGGCCAUGUCACAUAAGAGAAGCAUACAGAAGGCUAAAACUUGAAGGCAAGAUUCCAAAAAAGUCAGUGCCAAGGCUUUUCCAUUAGUGGACAUGGAAGCAACCUGUAGUUUUAUUUCAGGUUCGUUGUCUUCCUUUUGUUUACAAGUCCUUUAAUGUGUCUAUUUUGAAUUGUCGCAAAUCUUUAAUUUCCUGGCACUUUCAGGUCAAGUAAACAUUUCUAGUCACAAAGUUGUCACAGUUCAGCGGAUGCUUUUACAUUGCCCUAUUAUAUGUAGGGUUAGCCUGUUUAUUUAAUUGCUUAAUCAGAGGAAAGAGUUUAACUAACAUUUUGUGAAAA